UACUCCCAACUGCUGCCGCUAGAGGCCUCUAACAACGCAGCAAGGAUUCAUGGGAAGUAUGACGUUUACGUCUGUGCACCGCUUCAAUCUGAUUCAUUCUAGCGAGCGAGCUAAUCAAAACAAUGAAGGCAAUCAUUCAAAGAGUGACAACAGCCAGCGUGUCAGUGGGAGAGGUGCCCAUCAGCUCAAUAGGCAGAGGACUGUGUGUGUUGCUGGGUAUAUCCAUGGAGGACACACAGAAGGAUGUUGACUACAUGGUUCGUAAGAUCCUCAACCUGCGUCUGUUUGACGAUGAGAACGGCCGGGCGUGGAGCAAAAGCGUCAUGGACAAGGAAUAUGAAGUCCUGUGUGUCAGUCAGUUCACUCUGCAGUGCAUACUAAAGGGUAACAAGCCAGACUUCCAUGCUGCCAUGCCUGCAGAGCUGUCCCAGCCCUUCUAUAAUAACGUCCUGGAACACCUGAGGAGCACCUACAAGCCGGAGAUGAUCAAAGAUGGGCAGUUUGGGGCCUACAUGCAGGUUCACAUUCAGAAUGACGGACCAGUCACCAUCGAACUGGUGUCUCCUUCUGCUCCCAUGGACCCCAAACAGCUCGCUAAACAGGAGAAACAGCAGCAGAGGAAAGAGAAACCGCGCUCGAAAGGACCCUCGGAGUCGGGCAGGGAGAGGGCCGCCCCGCGCCCCAGAGCCCAGGACCCUAACGCCAGCAGUGGAGCAGACGGCGACGUGUCGUCAGAGAGGGAGACCUAGGGCAGCACGGUGAGCCUGGAGUCCCAACCUGCUGUGCUGAUUUACCAUAUUGAUGAUGGGAGGAGCCCAGUCGUCCAAAAUGGACUUCAUCUGCAGAGACUGUGAGACGUGACUCUGGACUGUCCUCCUGGAAGAACGUAUGGGCCUCUUCCUCUCCAUCUUUCUCUACAACAUUGGCAGUCUCUGCCUUGUACCCUCUCUGCCACUGUCUUCCUCUACUCAAAGACAAGGGACCUUCCACCCCAAAAUCCAAAGGCACCUAUGACAGAGAGGGGUAGUGGCAUCACAAGAUGGAGAUGUCGGACAUUCUCUCACCUUACUUUUGUAGUUCUUGUCUUAAUAAGGACAACACAUUUGAUAUUUAUGAAUGUUGUGAACACGAUAUGCUAUACUGCUGUUUAGUGAAUUUGAAUGUAAAUGUGGUAAUUUUAUAAAAGAAGACAUGGUGUGUGGACCUA